GUAGCGGCGCGCCACUCGCCACUGGCCGCCCAAAUGUCUUUCGAUACUGUGCUCCACAACGAGCCACUUGACCGGCCCUCCUCCUCUCUCGAAGCACCGAUAUCGAGAACAUCCUCUCGUCGACGACGACUCCUCUUGUUCAGGUGAUCCUAUAUAUAAUCGAAUAAAAUGAGAUUCUACGUCCUGUUCUCGUUCCUGGUGCCAUUGGCGUUCACGUUUCGACUACCGUUUCAGUUUCAGAUCAACCAGUUGAACAACAACGAAACGUCAUGUUGCUCGUGCAACUCCUUCAAAGACACGUCGUACAUGGCGUCCACGUGUGGCGUGAAGACAUCUUUUAUGAGCUUGGUCGAGAAAGUUAUCGCCUCUACUUGCGAUAUCGCUAAUCCUUGCAACAGGCUUGGAAGCGAGGAGGUGCCCAACGAAUGGUUCGAUUUUAUCGUGGUUGGAGCAGGGGUGGCUGGGCCCGUAAUUGCCAGGAGAUUAAGCGAUAAUCCAUGGUGGAGGGUUCUGCUGAUCGAGGCCGGACCGGAAGAGCCCUCGAUGACUUCGAUUCCUGGACUCGCCGUUCACGCGGUCAACUCGUCGUUGGAUUGGAAAUUCAAAACGGAGCCCACCGAGCCCCAUCCCACGGCCUGUUUAGAAAACAAUGGAGUAUGUUCAUGGCCGCGCGGAAAGAUGAUGUCCGGUACGGCGGGCAUGUACGGUAUGAUGUAUAGUCGGGGACAUCCGGAAGUGUUCAACGGUUGGGCGCGUGGAGGCGCCACCGGCUGGUCGUACGACGAGGUGACGCACUAUUUCGAGCGCGCCGAGGACCCGAUCGACCAAUCGAUAUUGUCCGACAAACCGAGGACCGUACCCGUCCCCGGCCCGAUGAAGAUCCAAUUCUAUCCCAACAAACCGGCGUUCGCCGACGAGAUCCUGAAAGCUGCGUCCGAACUCGGUUACAGAACGUCGAAAUUGAAGGAGUACACGCAGACGGGUUUCAUGGUCGCACCGAUGACGACCGACAACGGUGUUCGCGGUACGGCGACGAGGAAUUAUCUGAGGCCGGUCCACGGUAGGGUCAAUCUCAGGGUGUUGAUAAACGCCCACGUGACCAAGGUGCUGAUGGAUUGGCAGGGGAGGGCCUAUGGCGUGGAAUUGGUCGACAAGGACGGGUAUAAGAGGAUCGUGAAGGCCAACAAGGAGGUGAUCCUGACGGCAGGGACGAUCGGAUCGGCCCACAUCCUGUUGAACUCCGGGAUAGGACCCAAAGACCAAUUGACGAAAUUGGGUAUGAACGUGGUCAAGGAUCUGCCCGUGGGGAAGAACCUUCACAACCACGUGUCGAUCGCCGUCCAGUUCAGUAUCAAGGACACGGCUUACGAGGCGAUGACGAUGAACAGCGUGAACGAGUAUUUGGAGACGAGGACCGGGCCCAUGACGAGCACGGGAUUGACCCAAGUCACGGCUUUCUUUGAGAGCAGUUACGCGGUCACGGGUAUUCCCGAUAUUCAAGUGUUUUUCGACGGGUUCGCGCCCAGGUGUCCGAGGACGGGGCUCGAGUUCGAGUGUUUGAACGGGGCGCUUGGUCUGUGCUCGGACAGGAGGCAGAUCACGGUCAGGCCCACCGCCCUCACUGCGGCCAGCAAAGGUUACUUGAAGCUACGCUCGAGCGACCCGUUGGCCCCGCCCUUGAUCUAUCCUAAUUAUUUCGUCGACACGAAGGACCUGAAGGUGCUUGUCGAGGGUAUCAAAAAAUCCAUAGAACUCACCAACACUCGGGCCCUCAAACAAUGGGACUUCAAACUCGAGCCUGUCGUCCAUCCUCUCUGCACCGAUUAUCAUUUUGGCAGCGACGCGUAUUGGGAGUGUUACGUGAGAGCAGCGACCGGGCCCGAGAACCACCAAUCGGGCACGUGCAAGAUGGGGGCGUACGACGAUCCAACCGCCGUCGUGGACACGGAACUUCGUGUGCGCGGUGUAUCGAAUCUCAGGGUAGCGGAUGCGUCCGUAUUUCCUCUCGUGCCGAAUGGCAAUCCUGUGGCCGCCAUCUUGAUGGUCGCGGAAAAAGCCGCAGACAUGAUCGCGCAUGCGUGGUCGAAAAUAUAAACUUCUAGAGAUUUACUAUAUGCAGAGGGCGCUACUGAUCAUACAAAUUUCGAAAUUAGACGCUAAGGAGAAUCCGACUAAUGAAUUAUAGGUACUUUCUUGUAUCUCUCUUGUAGAUCCCAUUAUUUGGAACAGUUAGUCUGAUUAGUUGUUUCGUUGUUGCAUAUGAUGUAAAUGUGAUUGUUGUGGAUUUAAAAUAUGUUAAAAAUAUCGAAGGUCUGGAAUACCAAUUUGUAAAAUCCUAAUUUCUAAAUAUGUUUAUAAAACGAGUUUAUCUUAUCUGCAGAUAAGAUUGUUCCUAGUAGCUUUUCAAAUACCAAAUUUUUGUAAAAAAGAUUUUGUAAUCGAAAUAUAUAUUCAUUCGUUUAUAACAUUCCGUUAUUUCUUCUAUUCCAAUUAUUUAAUAUACGUACAAUGCAUGAAGAAAAGACUAGAUAAGUAUUAUAGGGACAUUCUAUUUCUAAUUCUAGGAA